GGGGAGCCCAAGAUGGCCGCGGCCGUGUUCCGAGCUUCGCUGCGGGGCUGGAAAAUCGGCGUUCAGCCGGGCUGCGCGCUACGGCGGCUGAGCCAGAGCCAGAGCCAGACCCAGGGACCUCCCAAUUACCCCAACUUCGUGGAGUCUGUGGAUGAAUACCAGUUUGUGGAGCGCCUGUUACCCCCCACCACCAUCCCAAAGCCCCCAAAGCAUGAACAUUAUCCUACUCCUAGUGGCUGGCAGCCCCCUAGAGAUCCUCCACCCAACCUGCCUUACUAUGUGCGGCGUUCUCGGAUGCACAACAUCCCUGUCUAUAAGGAUAUCACACAUGGCAACCGCCAGAUGACUGUGAUCCGCAAGGUGGAGGGAGACAUUUGGGCCCUGCAGAAGGAUGUGGAAGAUUUUCUGAGCCCCCUGCUGGGGAAGACACCUAUCACCCAGGUCAAUGAGGUGACAGGUACCCUGCGGGUCAAGGGCUACUUUGACCAGCAACUAAAAACCUGGCUCCUAGAGAAGGGCUUCUGAGGCCUAGCUGAGCAGCCUGCAUGAUGGUGUUCCCCACAGACUAGAAUCCAGGGGAUCUCAGGAGGGGGGAGAUGGUGUUGGAGCAACUAGGAUUGGGGUACAGAGACCAGGGCUAAGGGCUUGGGCAGGGUAGGGUGAGGGCUAAAGGGCUUUGGAGUAGGCCUAGCUUACAUAAAGGGGGAAACGGGACCAUCUGCACAGGUGCCAGCACUGGGGGAGUAACAUCUUAUAUUGGAGACCCACUAGAAACAGCUGAGUUAGUGGUGGGGCAUUAGUUGCUGUCCCGCCCCUGCCCCUGAUUUUAGUUUGUUCCUGCUUUUUCUUCAUUGGAGCUCCUUGAGUCAGUUAUUCAAAUUCUGGAGGUUGUUGACUACCCUUCUGGUGGAAGUGAUACCCCAACCAAGUUUAGGGGAGGGUAGUACAGGAUAGACCUAUUGGGCAUCUUCCGUCCUUGGCCCUCACACUCACUGCUGCAAAUAUUCCCAAGCCCUUGCUCGAGGCCAGACCUGGCUUGGUGGAGGCUACAGAGAAUACAGAUGCCUGACGUGGGUACUAGAAGUCUUCAGUUCCAAGUGCAUUGCUGGACACAAGGGGACAGCAUGUCCAUGUCAGCCUGAGUUCAUUCUUGUUACCCAUGGUGAGGUAGAAGGCCCAAUCACCUCUGCUCCAUUCAGACUAGAAUUGAGCCUGAUUGUUUCCAUCUCCACUCAUCUAAGUGAUUUGCUGUAGCCCGUCUACCCACAAGAGGGUGCUUGGGAGCUGCUACCAGCCCAGCACAGGGCCAUGCUUUCCUGCUUGCUGACCUGGUAUCAAGGCUGGACAGGGGUGUGUGCAGGUAAGAAGAUGCUGGCCUGCUACCCCAUUCCACCCC